GACGGGCUGAGACUUAGAUCUAAAUUGUUGGAAUACUGAUUAACUUUUCACAGGAAAAUAGACUUCUCUGCCCCGAUGAAAAUCCCAAAAGAUGAGGAGUGUUUUUCACGGAUUUUUAUUUUUUUCUAUCCUUGGUUCUGUGCCCAAAGUUGUGGGCAUUGUGAUAGACGUACAGGCCUCUAUUUGUGAUCCGCCCCUUUUAAGGAAUUCCUCGUCCGUCGUUCAGACUAUCUCCAUCAAAUCCAGCACGAAGUCCUGUCAAUGGACGAUACAAACUGAUCCCGGACGAUGUCUGCAGAUCUACUCCUCCCCGGGCGCGGAUCAAGGCGGGGCGUACCUUGGGAUUGUGGAUGAGAAUGAGACGGAGGGGAUCCGCCCCUUUGUCAACACGACCGUGUGCUCGAGUCAAGUGUCCGUUAACUACCGGGGCAAUCAGACGGAGCCGGGGACGCCUGGUACCGAGAGGACGGUUUAUUACCUGGCGGUACCCCGACACAGGAACACGGAGGAAGUGAAUGACGUUAUAACAACAACGACUUCCGCCGGAAAUACAAACGACUCGGGUGGGACCAGCCCCGCUGUCAUCGCGGUGUCGGUCUCUAUUCCUCUUAUUCUGAUCGGGAUCGGCGCCUGCUUAGUUUACGUCUGGUACAGGCGGAAGUACCCAGUGCGCAUGAUCGUAGGAAAAGAUUUUAGUAAGUUCAGUAACCCGGCCUACAACAAGCGAUCGUCUACCGCCACACUGGUCAGAGAGAACGCCGCCAUAGACGACGAUUAUCGCCGAGACAUCGAAGAGGGCGCUGCCUACACCGGCGUUGCUCAUGACAACCCAGCUCUAAUGGAGGACGAUCCACAGUACCAGCCUAUCCCUAGUCUCACCCACUCAAUGCCGAUAUACGAUAAUUACAGACGGAGUUUUGAGGAUUCUCCGCAAUUACAGAAAAAAGCACCUGAGAAGCCGAAGAGACUGUAUUCAUCUGAACACGUGCCUUUUGAAAAUGGCGAAGAGGAAGACGCAUCAACAAAAGGCAAGAAGGACGCAACUAAGAAAAUUGAAAGCGAUGACAACAAAACGUUAUAUGAAAAUGUAGAAAAUAAAACUACCAAGAUAAAGAGAAUGGAGUCUUUGAAAUCUCCCGAUGACGUCACAGAUCAGGAGUCUUUGGUCGGAAAUGGUCACAUGACCUAUGAGGACGUAACUCCGUCAGAGGACGAUCAUUUGUACGAAACUACAAUAACUGGCUCGACCAAGGCCUCACAGAAAUCAGAAUCCUCGACCCAGCCAACCAUUAAAUCAGAACCCCAAACACAGCCAACCAUUAGAUCAGAACCCCAAACACAACGAUCCGUGGAAUCAGAAUCCUCGACCCAGCCAUCAAUGGAGUCCGAGUCUGAGGACGAAUUUCCGGCGUAUGAAAAUGUUGCUUUUAAAGACGACGACAAAUCCAGUGUUGAGGAGAACGUUGGCGCGGACUCCAAUCAUGGCGUCAGCUUAAAUGCUUCGAAUCAUACGUCAGAUAGCGACGAUGUCACUGACGAUGAGGCAACGAGAAGUAUCGAGCCCACUGAACCAACCAAUCUCGGUGAAUCAUUCCAGAUCGUCUCCUCUGCCUCAGAACUAAUUGAAGAACAACCUGAAGAAAAAACGAGACACGAAGCAGCUGACCAAUCAACGAUCUUUAUAUCACGUGAUCAGUCGUUCCCGGAAUCAUUUUCUAGCGACUCUUUUGUUGUAUUGAAUGAAUCUGAAGCUCAUGAAUCAGAAAACGAAGACGAGAAAAAAGAGACAAAGGUAGAACAUAUUCCACAAGAGUCUGAUUUUGAAAUCGACCUAAAGGACUCACCGGGCAAGGCAGAGGACACCAGUGAUGAUGGGCAUGCGCCAGAAGUCGAUGUCUCUGAGCAUGCCCAGGACGCUGUGGCGGACAGAUCGUUUGAUACGGACGUCGAUCAUUUGAACAUUUCCGUCUCGUCGAUUUCCGAUCCCGAUGUUAAAAGUUGUGAUAGUGCUUUCUCGUUUGUGUCACAUGACCUGAAGUCUGUUGAUGAGUCGUCCGAUUCGUUUGAGGUCAUUUCUAACGAGCUCGUCCAUACUUCAGACGGAAAUGUCAAGGCCAAUGUUAAUAUCUCUGCUGUACCAAUGACUGCAGAAAAGACAAUGAGUGAAGUUCUAAAGGAAACCAAUACUGUUGGAAAUCCAGAUGAUGAAAACUCUUUACCUUUGUCAAAGACAAUUGAAUCUGAAAUGAUGAUCUCUUACCAAGAUUCAAAUGAAAGGGAAAAUAGCGACAAAGAUGAAAUUUCUUCAACUGAAGAAAAAGAAAUCCUUGAGGAAUUGAGCAACAUUCGCCGCGAGAGUUCAACACGAAAGAUUGCAUUGGACCAUGGGACUAUUUCCUUCGAUGAUUCGGCGUCCAGUUCACCAAGCCAGUCGGACGAUUCCGACGAGGAAAUAGUCGAGGUACCGAAACCUAGCUUGGUGCGGAGGGAGAGCAUCACACAAGAUAACCCAGCUUUUGAUUCGCCGAACAUUAACAUUUCGCUCAAGUUCACGUCUGACGAGAUAUCGGACAAUCCCGAGCCACCGCGAGGGUUAACGAGACGGAAAAGCAUAACACUGGACAACCCACUGUUUGAAAAGGACUCGGAAAUUUCGAAAGAGCCCGAAUCAUCCCCAUUAGACAGUUUUCAUGUAAUUGAGGCGGAGCCUUUAGACGAACCAAUCAGUGAAGAGAGUGAAAACGAGGCCCAUGAUACGCCUGAAGUUGAGCUCCCUGUUCCUCAAAAGAAAGUAUUGAAAAUAAGCAUGGACAUCGGUAAUGAUGACGACGAAGGCAGCAGUUCACAGGAGGAAGAUUCGAACUCCGAGCCCGACUCAUCAACCGAAGCGUAACGCUUCAUUCAUGUGUAAAUUUGUUUU